AUGGAUGAUCUCCAGUCUCUGGAGCUCUUUUCGCUCGUUUCGCGAAUAACCGGCGAGAUCCAAAACCAUCUGGGCAUCAAUGAUAAGACCCUCGCCGAGUUCGUGAUUGACCAGCAUCUAAAAUGUGGCUCAUUUGACGGAUUCAAAAAGACGAUGGAGGAAAUGGGAGCGGAGUUCCCGCAGAGUUUGCUGGAAAGUAUCGAUCGUCUGGUGCUCACUAUGCAUCCCAAGUACAAGACAAAGAAUGUCAAGACGGGUGGGAAACCGGCGGAGGGAAAUGAUGAUAUGGAUACGCUUAAUGCCCUUGAAAAGAAGGCACGCGUUUUUAAGGGAUUGGCAGUUCCCGACAAGGAACAGCACUGGGACGAGGAUGACUACGUUACAACGAAGAACGCAAAUGAAAGCGACGCAAAGGCCGAUGCUAUGGACGAUACAUUUGCGAUGCUUGAAGGAUUGGCAGGAAAGGCUCGGGAAGAAAAGGGCCACACAGUGAGGAAUGAUCGGAAUGGCCGGAAUGGCAGAAAGCGGAGCAGAAGCCCCGGUUACGAUGAUUACGAUCGCGGACGCAGGCGCAACGACAAUUAUCGCUCUGGAUCGAGGUCCCAUAGUCCUAGAUACCGGAACAGACAUGAUGAGGUCGAUGAGUUUGGCCGGUCAACCAAAAAGCACAGCGGCCGGGAUGAAGAACAUCGCAGCGAGCGGCGGAGGCGACGUGAUCGGGAUGACGACGACCAUGACUUUCGCAAGCCACCUCCGGUCGAGUUAGAUGACCAGCCAACACUGUAUAAGGUUUACGAUGGGCGUGUCACUGGGGUGAAAGAUUUUGGUGCAUUUGUGAACCUACUGGGUGUCAAAGGGAAGGUGGACGGCCUAGUACAUGUCUCUGCGAUGCAGGAAGGGGCGCGCGUGAACCACCCAUCCGACUUGGUUUCUAGGAGUCAGCCUGUCAAAGUCAAAGUCAUUAGCAUACAGGGGUCUCGCAUUGGAUUAUCAAUGAAGGAAGUCGACCAAAUGACCGGACGUGACCUCAUCCCUCAACGCCGCCUUGCGUCUGGUGCCAAUAUGGAGCGUCUUAAUGGAACUUCAACUCAGGAUCGAUAUGGAAACUUAAGCUCUGAGGUGCCGAUUAUUGAAGAAUCGAACGGCAAACCUAUGCAAAAUAGAAAGCGCAUGACUUCUCCAGAAAGAUGGGAAAUAAAACAAUUGAUUGCUUCUGGUGCUGUCUCAGCAGCCGAUUACCCCGACAUCGAUGAAGAAUACCACGCCACACUGACAGGCGAAGGUAAAUUCGAGGAGGAAGAAGAUGUUGACAUUGAAGUCAGAGACGAAGAGCCGCCCUUCUUGGCUGGUCAGACGAAGAUGUCACUAGAACUUUCCCCUAUCAGGGUUGUGAAGGCUCCUGAUGGAUCUCUUAAUCGUGCAGCCAUGGCAGGUACUAACCUAGCUAAAGACCGCAGAGAGCUACGACAGCAAGAAGCCCAGGAUAAGGCCGCAGAGCGAGCUGCAGAAGUUGAUCUCAACGCUCAAUGGCAAGACCCAAUGGUUGCACCUGAAGAACGAAAAUUCGCAGCGGAUCUUCGAACUGCCCAACAGUCCAAACCAGACGAGUCGAUGCCGGAGUGGAAACGGGUUACAAUGGGCAAGAAUCAAUCUUUCGGAAAACGAACUACCAUGUCGAUUAAGCAGCAACGUGAGAGUCUGCCAGUCUUCAAAUUCCGCAAGCAGCUCCUUGAUGCUGUUCGCGACAACCAAUUAUUGAUUGUGGUUGGAGAUACUGGCUCAGGCAAAACGACACAACUGACACAGUAUUUGGCUGAAGGUGGAUACGCAAAUGAUGGUAUUAUUGGCUGCACGCAACCUCGUCGUGUGGCAGCAAUGUCAGUCGCCAAACGUGUGGCUGAGGAAGUCGGUUGUAGGCUUGGUGCAGAAGUUGGAUAUACUAUCCGAUUCGAAGACUGCACCAGUCCAGAAACGAAAAUCAAAUAUAUGACCGACGGAAUGCUCCAAAGAGAAGUCCUCCUUGAUCCAGAUCUGAAGAAAUAUUCAGUGAUCAUGCUUGAUGAGGCCCACGAGCGAACGAUCGCCACAGACGUACUAUUCGGUUUGCUGAAGAAGACCCUAAGGCGAAGACCCGAUCUUAGACUUAUUGUAACGUCCGCUACCCUGGACGCAGAAAAGUUCUCGGAAUACUUUAACGGAUGCCCAAUUUUCUCGAUUCCUGGCCGAACUUUCCCUGUUGAAAUCAUGUACUCUAAAGAGCCGGAAUCCGACUAUCUGGAUGCGGCACUCAUUACGGUCAUGCAGAUCCAUUUGACCGAACCCCAGGGUGAUAUCCUGGUUUUUCUGACAGGACAAGAGGAAAUUGAUACUGCCUGUGAGAUACUUUUCGAACGUAUGAAGGCGUUGGGACCUACUGUCCCUGAGUUGGUCAUCCUCCCGGUCUACUCUGCACUCCCUAGUGAGAUGCAGAGCAGGAUUUUCGAGCCUGCACCGUCCGGUGGUAGAAAGGUAGUUAUCGCAACCAAUAUUGCGGAGACAUCCAUCACCAUCGACCAAAUCUACUAUGUUAUCGACCCUGGUUUCGUCAAGCAAAACGCGUAUGACCCAAAACUCGGCAUGGACUCGUUGGUGGUAACCCCUAUAUCUCAGGCGCAAGCCAAACAGAGAGCCGGCCGCGCAGGAAGAACUGGCCCAGGAAAAUGCUUCCGCCUGUAUACCGAAGCGGCUUAUCAGUCUGAAAUGUUACCAACUACAAUUCCUGAAAUCCAGCGGCAGAACCUUUCGCAUACGAUCCUUAUGCUUAAGGCCAUGGGAAUUAAUGAUCUGCUACACUUUGACUUCAUGGAUCCGCCCCCGACAAAUACUAUGCUUACCGCAUUAGAAGAGCUCUAUGCUUUGUCAGCACUGGAUGAUGAAGGUCUCCUCACUCGUUUGGGUAGAAAGAUGGCUGAUUUCCCCAUGGAGCCGGCCCUUGCCAAGGUUCUGAUAGCAUCAGUGGAUCUGGGAUGUUCGGAGGAAAUGCUUAGCAUCGUCGCCAUGCUUUCUAUCCAAUCAGUAUUCUACCGCCCUAAGGAGAAGCAGCAGCAAGCCGAUCAGAAGAAAGCUAAAUUUCACGAUCCUCAUGGUGACCACCUAACGCUGCUCAAUGUAUACAAUGGGUGGAAGAACGCUAAAUUCAACAACGCUUGGUGCUUUGAGAAUUUCAUACAGGCACGCCAAAUUCGCCGGGCGCAGGAUGUUCGUCAACAGCUCGUGGGUAUCAUGGACCGGUAUCACCAUCGGAUUGUCUCCUGCGGGAGAAACACAACCAAAGUCCGCCAAGCUUUGUGCACUGGCUUUUUCAGAAAUGCGGCGCGCAAGGACCCCCAGGAAGGAUACAAAACGCUCGUUGAGGGCACGCCCGUCUAUAUGCACCCUAGCUCUGCGCUGUUUGGAAAACCGUCCGAACAUGUCAUCUACCACACUUUGGUCCUCACAACCAAGGAAUACAUGCAUUGUACUACAUCGAUUGAACCCAAAUGGCUCGUUGAGGCAGCCCCGACAUUUUUCAAAGUGGCACCCACAGAUCGCUUGUCAAAGAGGAAAAAGGCCGAGCGCAUCCAACCUCUGCAUAAUCGCUUCGCAGGUGAAGAUGAUUGGCGUCUAUCUGCACAGCGGCGUCAAGGUGUCCUUAUUCUAAGAACAAAACGGAGGAGACUGGACUUUGGCCAGGAGUGUAUUGCUUCUACCGACGUCACUAUCACCUCCCAUGCGCAACUGCGUGCUAUGCUCACAUUUCAGCAGAACGUCCAGGAAACCAAGCAAGGUAUAAAGAAGUUUAAGGAAUUCCUGACUUCAAUCCCACAGACUGAGAGCGAAGGCGAAAAGGCCAAAAAAUUUCGAGUGCUCAAGGCCUAUUGUGAUUCGCAGAUUGCCUACAAUGGCGAUGAACCAUCUUGCUUCCCUGAUCUAACCCAGGCCUGGAGCUUUGCAGAUAGUAAUAACAAUGAGUCACUGUUGACUGUUAUUCCAUCGGUACUUGCUAUCUUCCUCAAGACGAUAUCCACGAAUUUGGAUUUUCGAGACUUUGGACUUGCCUUCUGCAAAUUCCUGUUGCAGAAAGAGCAACUAAGGUUUUUCAAUCGUGGCUUGACAGCUAUGAAGUCCAAAGAGCAUCUAAUCUCACCAUGUCUACGCCUUCUUACCGAGGUAGUCAGCUUCGACGGGGGCGCUGUAGCCCGUCAACUCUACACCGCACGUCACAUCACGUUUAAACGCCUCGAGGUUUUCUUGGUUCCUAAUAAAGCCCAAUUGGAAGCAGUUUCAGAUGAUGCCCACAAGUCGACUCUGCGUCGAAAUGCUCAAAGAUAUAUUCUGGCCAAUUUGCGAUUUCAACAUGUCAACGCCAAAAUCGACAUUAUCGAGCAGCACAAGGUCAUUAAAGCGUUCCUGGAACACAUCAGAAAGGAUCCUCGAGAUAUCGUCACUGAUGUAAUCAAAGCUAUUGAGCGAGAUGUUGUCCAGGAUUCUUCGCUUUCUCGAAGUGCAAAGACGAAGUUCUUCAACCGCUGGAACUUAGAAAGACUUGUGACAUUGUACGGCUACGACAAAGAAUCGGAGGACCCAAACCCCGCAGGAAUCUCAAUUGCGAACGAGAUUCAUAAGAUCCUCAUGAAUAUCUGCACCAACCCUGAGCUCGGGGUCCUGCUGCCAGAAACGGGCUGGUACCCUAUUGGUAGCGAUCCCGAGUCAUUACCGACGGAUAAUGACACAUCUAUUGAUCUGGGACUGGAUUCUGCCGCCUAUGUUGACAAGUAUCGGGAUUCUGUGCCUGUUCGCAAUGGUGCUCUUUCUUAUAUAAUCCAGACACUUCGUCCAGAUACAGAUAGCCUUCAGAUUGAGCUACUUGUGGCGAUUUUCAGGGUCGCACCGGAGCUCGUGGCAGAUUAUUUCACGAAGAAAUCAAUGUUCAUCUCGGACCCGAAGCCUACUCCGUCCUGGAUGGCAGAGUCCGCCCUUCUAUUCUCGGCAGUUACUUUGCCUAUCCCAAGCAACUGUGGUUGGAAGGAUAAACUUCCUCCCAUGCCACCGUCCAUAUCAGUGGUUAUUGAGAGCAUCCUACCGCGCCCGCUUACGCAAAAAGUGUUAGCUCGCUGCCUGAACUUAAAUACAGAGAUUGUGACUUUGUUUGCAGUUCGUUUACUCACAGUUUCUUUUAAUAAACUGCGGAAAGUUCUGCGAAUUUUCAGUUCCGAUCACGGAAUUAGCCAGUCGCUCUGGAACCAAGCGGCCGGAAAGCUUGUUGCAGAAUUCUGUCGCCGAUGCCCUAGCGUAAAGGAUGUUAUAUUGCUUUACAAAAGAACGGCUAAAGAAGAUUUACAACAGCAAGAGGCUAUUGCGGAGCUCCUUUCUUGCUUUUACGAAGUUGUGCCGGACGCUGCGUUUGAGGAGGUGUUUGAUGCCUCGCUCAUAUUGGUUGAAGUUUUGAAACGACUGGAUAGCCCCAGUCUUGAAGCUGAGGACUCGGAGCUGCUGCUAAGCCAACUGCAGAGCAUCUUAAAGAUUGCACAGCAGUCGGCAUCGAUGCGUUGGUGGCAACAACCUGCAUCCAUGCAAUUCUCUGCGUUCACAUCUAUAAUGAAAGUACUUGUGGAGGCUUCAUCCAGCCAGUCUUUGAAUGACAUUGAUCGCCUGUUAAAGGCUGUAAUUACGGAAAAUUCUAUCUUGCAGAGUGCUUCCAUCUUCCCUGCACUCUUGUCCAGUUUCGAGACUUCCGAUCCCGAAAAACUCAAUCAUGAGCUGGCCUUUUUUGACAACUGUGCCUGCCGUAUAGCGAAAAGGCCCGUCCACUAUCAAGACUUGUCUGGGCCGCUUUCCCACGAUGCAUCAAAACCUAUGAGCUUCAUUGUGGCGGCUAUUACUGAGCAAUGGCCAUUUAUUGUCAAAUCUGGAGAUGAAAAUGUUCAAAGUACUGUGUGUACUUGGGCCUCCGGAUUCUUGGGAAGACUGAAACAUGCAGGGGAAGAUUCGAAAGCGCUGAAAUGUGCUCGUGACACUAUGAUAGGCGCCAUUGAAAGCAAGCAGCUGAAGUCAAUUUUGAAAAGGGCACUGAAAGAUCAUGACGCAGAUCCAUCGGAUCACGACAAAAAGGGACGGGAGCUGGACCAGCAGGCAUCUAAUACAUCCGGGAAAGAAAAAUCACGUGUGGACCUGAUGGAGAUCUUUGGUGCCCUGCCUACUGAAAGUGACAAUCGCAACGAACUGCACAGAUGGGAAAAAGAGGAGCUAGAGGUAUCAAUCGAGCAAGGCAGAGUGGCGGAUUUGAUGAUGUGCUUGUGCUCUGACCAUGAAGAAAUCAGGAAACAGGCGUUCAGCAAUUUAGGCCGCUUUUUGUCUAAACUCAAGGAAUCUAAAUACGUUGACUGGAGAGCGGUGUAUAUUCUCACCGGCGAGCUGCUUGAAACAGUGAAAGGGCUGGGGCUUCAGUCACCCGUGCCAUGGAUUGUAGGGGAAUGUGCCUCUGGCUGUCUCACUGUACUUACAAACCCCAUGCAUAAACUCUAUGGGAAGGUCAAUAAGUUCCUCCAGAAGGCGCCUUGUUGGGAGACGGAGAAGCUUCCGUCAUAUUGGAUUGACAAGAUCUUGUUGCACGAGCCCGAGAUUGAUGACGGUUAUUUUGAAGAGACGAACUGGCUGUUAGAUCUGUUAAUCGGAGGUCUUCGCAGUGAACCGGAUAUGGAGAUCUACCGUCGUGCGAAUGUGUUUGAACGCGCACUUGCAUUUUACGAGUCACCGAGCACGGGCGCCUCACUCAAGAGAAAGAUUUUGCAUCUUCUGUAUCGCUCCACGCAGGUCCAGGGUAGUACGACCUUGAUUACUAGGGCAGGCAUUAUCAGCUGGAUUCAGAGCCAGCUUCCGGUCGUGGGUGCCAAAGAGGCUUUGAGUUUCACAGCCAUGACCCACUCCCUGCAUGAGUCCUCGGACCAAGAUCGGGUUGCCAAAUGGAGUGGAGGAGCUGUGACAAAGGCGGUUGAAACAAUUGCUGGGUAG